AUGAAGGCUGCACCACCUUCACCUCUGCUAUCGCUCUUGACGGGACCAUCGAGCUCUGCCGCCAGCACACUCGUACAUGUCAAGCAGACGACGCUCCAGUCAUGCGCUCCGCUUCUCUCUGAGCUUGUUCACGCAGCGCUAAACCGAAGCGAGAAGGUCAUCAUCCUCACAUCGGGCGAAAGGCGGUCCCUCUCCUUUCUGGCUACGGAAGCUCCUCGCAGCGUAGUAGUCAUUGCGCCGAAUCGGUCAGCAGAGUUCGAGGGAACUGGCUAUCGUACAGAUGGGUACUGGAGCGAGCUGACUCGUGCCCUGUCAGAAGCAUCAUCGAGCAGUCGUCCCACAACUCUCAUCUUGGAAUCCCUAGACGCCCUCCUCGAUGAUGCUGCUGAUGCUGCAGACCCAGCAAGAAAAGUCUACCGACACCUCCAGCGGGCAGCCUCUGCUCUUCCGGCCUACUCCAGGCUUGUCUUCGUCACUUCAUCGCCUGGCGGGUCAUUGCAACCUGUGUUGCAAACGCAACUGCUGUCUCUGAUCUCCUCUCCUCACUUCCUCAAGUCACAAGCUCAGACAGAGUCGGUGCCCUCUGCUGGCCCCUCCUCCUUGAGAGAAAGUUCUUCCACUAGCGGCACUUCACCACCGCUAUUGACUGUGCAAGUGCACCCGCCGGCCCUCUGGAGGCGCCUGCUCAAAGUCUACAGUACAAGUCUUCGCCCUGCUUCCACUUCCUCCGAGGCAGCUCAGCAAUUGAGGUCAACAUAUCAAAAAGGUUCCUCAGAGCAUCUCACUGCUCCCAGGAGGCUGCAACGGAGAGAUGUAUCGGCUGCUCGGGAGCGAGGAGCUUCGAGUCCUGCCGCCGAGCUAGUGGACAUCUUCGACUGGGAUGCCCGUACAACUGACCCGCGCCUCUGGUCUAUUCUGGCACAGCUGGAAGCCACCUCAGAUGUCACCGGAGAUGAUGUUGCCGGUCAUGCUUGGUUCACGGACAGCGGGAACGAUCUACUGGGUGAAGAGAUCGAGGCGGUGCGGCCAGCUAGGUUGAGAGAAGCGAACGAUCCGGCCGCAACGCCUUUCGAUCCGGUAGCUGCAAGGGUCACAUUAGCAGAUCUGCUCGGUCCGCCUGCCUCUGGAGCAUCGUCGAAAACGUCGUCUUCACACAAUGCGUCCUCGGGCGUCUCGCAUCGUAGUCGUACGGGCUGGGGCCUCAUCACAUCACAGUAUCGCCUACCGGGAGGUAAAUUUGGCGAGGAAGUCUUCGGGUGCGUGUGUCAGCUGCAACGACCAGGCGCAAGUGAAACCCAGGCACAACCAGAGCUCUUAGACUCGCUCAAGAGCAGGCUGCGCUUAGUGCCACUAGAGAUGGGCGACCGACGAGCUGCUGCCGAAUCGAGCAGGAACGGGGCAAUGUCAAGAGAGCAGAAAUCAGGAGCAGGAACUUCAGGAGGAGGAGCCGCUCCGCCUCCACAGCGGGACCACUCAUCCCUUGUCGACUCGCUGCCGUUCAAGCUGUCCCUCACCGACGAGCAGCGCUCCAGAAGAGGCAAUGUGGAUCUACCCUUUGCGCCCAGCGAUCGCAUCUACGAGGGUCUUUCGUCAGAGCAAGCGGAUACCAUCGGCAAUGGCAGGAGGACGGGUGGAGGAGAAGAGGGAGAGAUGGGAGAGAUGGGACUCAGAAGAGGGACGACGGGACAGAGCACCAUCUACUUUGAGCCGGACAGCGCUGAUGAGGAAGAUGAAGAGGAUCCGGACGAGGAUCUAGACUUUUAG